CGGGCUUAUUCCAGAGUAUCGCCCGGAACACGGACCCGUGGAGGAUCGAGAUCGCUUCUCGCUUCGCGCAACCAUGUUCGAUCGCAGUGGUGCUCAGAAUUUCGUCGUCGUUCUCCUCUGCGCCGCUCAGAUGAUUUCCCGGACAUGCUCAUUUCAAAACAGCAUCCUGCACACUUCGGCCCCCUACAGCCCCUACAUUCCUUUGAGAACUCAAUUCAUACAACAGGGUGGCGCUGGCGCUUCUUGGCAGUUCAGCAAGAGCUCUGGCGUGCCCACCUGGGUCAUCACGACCACGGUAAUUGAAACUCGCAACGAAACUCUGAACGCAACUUCGACGAAGGAUGAGGAUUUACCGGUAGGUCCGAACCUACGCGAAGAAGCAAUGAUGGCGGCCAACGACAAUGAGGAUCCCGACUUGGAGUUUCCGAUUCGUCAUGGAAAAGAUCCAGCGGUUCACGCCCGACCUGCUUUCGCAGAUCCGGAUAAAUAUGAAGAGACGACUUCGGAAAUGCACAAUAAACAGAAUCAGACGGAACCCCGGGUAAUUGUGAACCGGACCACAGUGGUCAAGAUCGAGUUCCACAACACGCCCUUCCUGCCUCUGGUUCUGAAUGUCGGUGACGCCGUCGGUAGUACCGCAGCGAACAACAUUUCUUCGACGGAACCGACUCCCCAGAGCUAUUCACACAUCAGCCACGCUAAGAAUCUACCCACGUCACUCGCGCAGGACCCGAGUGCCUUCGCUGUGAGGGUCGGAGGAAGUCAGUCUUCACUUCAGAGCGGAAGUGUACAUCGAAUCGGACUGACACCUGACUCCGCCCAUCGAGCGACGUCGGAACAAAUUGUACCUGAAGUUCGCUUUCCAAGCUAUGUGCCAUUCGACCGGACUCACAUCUCUCCAAUGGCUGCCCAAUUGCCUCAGAACAGCGUGGUCUAUCCUUACGCACGUUUUCUGAACAGAAAGUAGACGGGCUCCGAUUCGAGUCACGGGCUUUUCAUUCCUCGGUGUUUGUUCUAUGACGGAAUAAUAAAUGGAAGAAGCUGGAUCUUC